CAGACCAGGGAGAGAGAAGCGCCGGGGUCGCAUCUCCGUGUCUCUCUCUUUCGUUCUCUGCCAUCCCUAUGCACUCUCCUCAGCUCCUCUGUUUGCGAUUCUGCAGCUGAAACCCUGUUAGAAGAAAAUUCCCUGAGCUCGGCAUCAUAGGCAGUACACAGGAGCAGGAUAGACCGGGGGAAUAAAUGGGAAUCCCUCAAAGAACUGAGGAGUCUUUUUGUUCUUUUCAUGCUUUUGAUGAUUGACCUGUUCCGCUGCCUCUCUUCUACAAGUAAAGACUUUGAAUGGAAGACCUGAUGUGACAAAAAAAGAACAGAGCAAAAGCUUUUGCACCUUUUUAUUUUGCCUCACAGGACAAAGUGAUACAAAUGAAGACUUGGAAGUGAGGAACUGAAGACUCAAUCCAUCUCCAAGAAAAAAAACUGCAAAAGAAAGAGGAGAACCUGAACGCAGACUUUGAAUAAAAGAGGACGAAACGCUCCAUCAAUUGAUUUAAAACAAAACGCUCUUUGAGACUUCAGUCUUCCCUGUCAGUCUCAGUCUCCACUCCUUCUGUCCCAUCUAUACUUUUCCUCUGUUUCUCGAGCUCUGCUCCCUCGACUGAAGCUCAGCCAUGCAGGUGUCCAUCGCCUGCACGGACCAUAACCUGAAGAGGGGGAAUGGGGACCACAGCAAGAGUGCCACUAGCCCCAACGUGGUGAACCAAGCCAGGGCAAAGUUCCGCACCGUGGCCAUCAUCGCUCGCAGCUUCGGCUCCUUCACUCCACGGCACAUUUCACUCAAGGAGUCAACGGGGAAACACACGGGCAUGAAGUACAGGAACCUUGGAAAGUCAGGACUCAGAGUAUCUUGCUUAGGACUGGGUACAUGGGUGACAUUUGGGGGACAGAUAACCGACGAGGUUGCAGAGCAGCUAAUGACUAUUGCCUACGACAGUGGAGUCAACCUGUUCGACACAGCUGAGGUCUACGCAGGCGGCAGGGCUGAAAUCAUUCUCGGAAACAUUAUCAAGAAGAAAUGCUGGAGGCGAUCCAGUUUGGUCAUUACAACUAAACUCUACUGGGGAGGAAAAGCGGAGACGGAAAGAGGACUGUCCAGGAAACACAUUAUUGAAGGUCUAAAAGGCUCUCUACAAAGGAUGCAGUUGGAAUAUGUAGAUGUAGUUUUUGCCAACCGCCCUGACAGCAAUACUCCCAUGGAGGAGAUUGUUCGGGCCAUGACCUAUGUCAUCAACCAAGGCAUGGCAAUGUACUGGGGGACGUCUCGGUGGACGGCCAUGGAGAUCAUGGAGGCAUAUUCGGUGGCAAGACAGUUUAAUCUGAUCCCUCCAGUGUGUGAGCAGGCAGAGUAUCAUCUUUUCCAGAGAGAGAAAGUGGAAGUGCAACUGCCUGAACUUUACCACAAGAUAGGAGUCGGGGCGAUGACAUGGUCACCACUGGCAUGCGGCAUCAUCACAGGAAAAUAUGAAAAUGGCAUUCCUGAAUCUUCCAGGGCUUCCAUGAAGUCGUAUCAGUGGUUGAAGGAGAAAAUAGUAAGUGAGGAUGGAAGGAAACAACAAGCCAAGCUGAAAGAGCUCAACCACAUUGCAGAGAAACUGGUCUGCACUCUGCCUCAACUGGCUGUGGCGUGGUGUCUAAGAAAUGAAGGAGUGAGCUCAGUUCUUCUGGGAACAUCCAACCCUGAACAGCUCACUGAGAACCUUGGGGCCAUACAGGUCCUUCCUAAGAUGACGUCUCAUGUGGUGUCUGAAAUCGACCACAUCCUGGGCAACAGACCGUACAGUAAGAAGGACUACCGCUCUUAGACCAGGCUGGUGGACUCCUGAGAGGUCAGCCUACCUACUCACCUACCUAUUUAACCAUACUGCUACCAUGGACCCACCGUUCAGUGUUUAAGUCCAUGGUUCUCUCCUUGGGCCCCACUCAGCUCCAGCCCAUUUCAGCCUGGAACAGACAGCCUUGUUAAGCCCAGUAUUGUCCUGCUCACAUCAGCUCUACCCGGUUCAUCUCAGGUCCGGUCCAGCUCAGCCAAGAGACGCUUAACAAACUCAGCUUUUUGCAGCCUCAAACGCAUCUUAGUCAAUCUGAGUAAAUCGAAACUUUGUGCCCCCCCAACCAAGGAGUUAACCCUUUCAGUGCCACUCCAUUCAGCUAUAACUAUGCAGAGCUUAGUCUUGCCCAUGCCCUUAUAGAGCACUACAUCUCGGUUCAACUCCUCCCAGGGGCCUCAUUAAGAAAUACAAUUAAUUCAAUUAAUUAUUUGUAUUUCAUGAUGGCAAGAACAGCUCCUAAUUGUUCGUGAUACAAAUUCACACACAUUUACAGUUGGGAUUUGAGCAGUGCUGUAGUAAAAGCAUAGCAGGAGUAUUUAAUUACUUUAAAGUGCCUUGCUCAAUGGCACCUUGAUAGUAGUUGUUGAGUGAAACAGUUAUGUCACUUAUUCACUUUUCCAACCCACAUCCUCCCAAUGACUCAGACCCUCAGGUCUCAAACCUUCCUCUCAAAUGUCCAGACUUCCACCCAAAAGUAAUUUAAUUUGAGAACAAAAUUCAUACUAAGCAUAUAUUUUAUUCAUGAGAAAUGCUGUACCACAAGCUGAAUACAUCAACACAAACACCUUAGACUUAUACAUGUUAUGUUCCUUACGAAAGUAAACCUAAAGAAGCUUUAGUUGCAUGAACAUCCCCAGUCAUUUAGUCAGUGCUUUCAUUCAAUUGCUAUGCAGCGCUGCAAACAAAAUUACCAUAUGAGCUCAAUACUCACCUCUUGUGUCAGAGGUACACGCUCAAGUCGUGGGAUAAAAUCUCUUUUCCCAUCUCAUGUGAGGUUUAGCAAUGACAAUGCUCAUACUUCUUAAAAAAAGCUUUAUGAAUGAGGCCUCAAUGAACCGUUCCCUAUUAGCAAACUACCUACCAUUUGUACUCAAACCUGUAUUUAGUUUAGGACAGAAUAGUAUUCAGUAGACAUUAUAGGCUACAAAUCCUGAGUGCAGGUGCAUGUUUCUCCAGCUAUAGUGUGCCUCUCUUUACUUUUCUACAAAGCACAUGAUGAAUCAACACAAAGGAGUUUGAUCAAAAAUACUGCAAGCGUGUCUACUGUCCGUGAAGCGAAGGAUCCUGGAACAUCAGUGUCAUUGGGAUUGGGACUUUCAAGGAGAGAGUGAAGCAUGUCGCCCCUGUGUGGUCUUUUUCAGCAACUGCUGCUCUGCUUCAGUAGAUAAUAGAAGAGAGAAAAAAACGCUUUGCAAAAGAAGUGGACUACUUUUCUCUCAGUUUGCAUUUAUUAUGGAGACAUUUGACUCCCUUUCUGUCUGUGAACUGAACCUGCAUUGCUGAUUGCCUCAAUAAACCUUGCAGAAAAGGACUUAAGCAUAUAAUAUAUCUAUUUAAUAAAAGGAUGCCUCCUAGCUGGUCAAAAAUUCCUCGUUAAUGGCACAAAGAGGCAUAUAGGCAAGGGAUGUGGCAAAUAUUACAGUAUUUAUUCUAGAGUAGUUAAUAGACAGACAUUUAUUUUGACAUUUUGAGAUAUUGUUUUGAGAACUAUGGGAAAGUUACAUGUACAUAAAAUGUUAAGGCAUACCUUGUAACAUAAGCAAAACCAUGAAGAAGCCUCUCAUGCAUAUGAAGACGUCACAGUACUGUAUGACUAAUAUAUAAAUAAGUAAAUAGAGGUGUUGUAUGUAAAUAGAGUUAUUUUGUUGCUCCUCUAUAGAAUCGCUGCAUCAGUUGCAGUGUUUGAGUUGCUCUUCAUCCCAUCCUCCUCCAGGCCAACUUUACACUGUCACAGAAUACAUUGCUGGCUCCUGAAGGAUGUUUCAUAUAAGUAUUUAUAAAUAGUAAUGGCCAAUUUUCUUUGUUUUUGCAUCGUGAAGUCAGAUUAUGAAGUCUGUAUUGAUAAUGGCAUUAUUUAAAGGUCCUAUGACAUGCUGCUCUUCGGAUGCUUUUAUAUAGACCUUAGUGGUCCCCUAAUACUGUAUCUGAAGUCUCUUUCCCCGAAAUUCA